AUGUCAUCAUCAUCAUCAUCAUCUGAUGAUGUCGACGAAAGAUUGGAUGAUAUUAUCGACCAAAUCGUCGAAGAUACAUACAAUGAUAUUGUGGAGCCCCAACCAAAUAAUCGACGGAGACGUGCUUAUGUAGAACGAUAUCGUGAAGGAGGCCAUAACCGUUUAUGGAAUGACUACUUCAGCGUAGACGCGACAUACUCGGCACAGUUCAGACGGCGUUUUCGCAUGAAUAAGGAUUUAUUCAUACGUAUUGUCUAUGAACUCUCAGAGAACAUUCCGUUCUUUCAACAUAGACAAGAUGCAACCGGGAGGUUUGGUCAUACACCGCUUCAAAAAUGUACGGCAGCAAUUCGUCAGCUUGUUUAUGGUUCUGCAGCUGAUGCGGUUGACGAGUAUCUCUGA